AUGCGGGCCUUGCGAGCCAUUAGCGAGCGGUGCUGUGUACAUGACAUAGACUCUGCUGGCAGAAUAAAAACCACGCUGAAUUUCUUCAAGAUGAUAAGACGCGAGACGUUGGAAACCCUCCUCUCUUGCCUUGGCCCCUCACGCCUGAAAACGUAUGCCUGUUCCAGGUUCAUCUCCACCCACUCCUUGGUCAGGAGCACCUCUCAGUUGCUGAGCCGUCCUCUGUCUGCAGUGGAGCUGAACCCACAGACACGGAGAGAUGAGGCCCUCAGCAGCUUGGCAGUCCCAUGUGCUUUGACCUCACUUGUCCCAAGCUGCAGCUUCCAAACCAGUGUCAUUUCCAGGGACAUUGACACAGCUGCCAAGUUCAUUGGGGCUGGGGCUGCUACUGUUGGGGUGGCUGGCUCUGGAGCUGGGAUUGGAACUGUUUUGGGGAGCCUCAUCAUUGGUUAUGCCAAGAACCCUUCUCUGAAGCAACCGCUCUUCUCCUACGCCAUUCUGGGCUUUGCCCUCUCAGAGGCCAUGGGGCUCUUUUGCCUAAUGGUGGCCUUUCUCAUCCUCUUAGCCAUUGUGAUGCAGUUGUCUCCACUUCACCUCCCGUAG